AUUGAAUCGGCGAGAUAUUUGGAUAUUUCGUUUAAUAGUAAGAAAUAUAAUCAAAAUGUUACGGAAGAAGAGUAUUUUUGGUCAAGUCGACGGUCCGAGUUAAGUCGUAAGGAUGAAGUACGUUGGAGUAACGUUUGAAGUAAUUAUAAGACAUGAAUAAUUCGUGUCGACGUAGAAAUGAUUGGUUGCAGAAUCUUAGAAAAUGUGAAGGAUUUCAAUGCUUUUGACCAUUUCUGUUUAUAUUUGGUGCAUUUGCAGCUGGUAAAUCGGAUAAAUCGACCACAGUUAAUGUUUUAAACGCAUCUCGACAGUUAAUUAUCAAUUAGUGCGUAAUGUGUACUUGGUAGUUAAGAAGAAUGCAUUCUUUGUACUAAAUUUAGCAUUCUUUUUAGUGUAAAAAAAAAAAAAGAAAAACAUUCCAAGAUGUCAAAACCACCAAAUGAGAAUUUGACUACGUACAAACUGGUUGUAGUUGGAGAUGGAGGAGUUGGAAAAUCUGCACUCACCAUUCAGUUCUUCCAAAAACUGUUUGUCACCGAUUAUGACCCGACCAUUGAAGAUUCGUACAUUCAGCAUACGGAAGUGGACGGUAUCUGGUGUAUUUUGGAUGUUCUGGAUACUGCCGGACAAGAAGAGUUCAGUGCAAUGAGAGAACAGUACAUGCGUAAAGGUGAUGGAUUUCUUCUCGUCUAUUCCGUUACAGACAGGCAGAGCUUUCAGAACAUACGUAAUUUCCACACACAGAUCCUACGUGUCAAAGACCGUGAUUCAUAUCCAAUGUUACUGGUAGCAAACAAAGUGGAUUUAAUUCAUUUGAGAAAAGUGACGGAAGAUCAAGGACGCGACUUGGCUGCCCAAUUAAAGAUCUCUUACAUUGAGACAAGUGCCAAAGAUCCACCACUCAAUGUGGAUGCUGCCUUCCACGAAGUAGUUCGAAUCAUAAGAAAUUUGCCGCCGCAGACCGAUAAAAAGCGCCGCCGUGAAUGGUGGAAAAAUAGAAAAUGCGUUCUUCUCUAGCGUAACGUCGAUUUUAAAUCCGGAGAAAAAUUACGUUUUCGUGUGGAAUGUUAAAAGUUGAAAACGAAAUGUUAUUCUGUCAUUCGUGCGAAAUCGUAAAACUAUUAAAAAAAAAAAAAAAAUAUUGGUAGUCAAUUCUAAAUUGUUGUUGCCUACAGUUGCUUUGUGGUAUAUACAAUAUAUAUACUGUAUGUAUUUGUGCAUAUCUGUUUCACGUUUUCCAUUCGAUUAUCGAAUGACGACAAUACGUUCCUGUAAAUAAUUUAGUUGCAGAAUGAAUUUACGAUGUAAAAAAUUUCCAAACGUGGGAAACCAAUUCAGGAGAUUUCAUUUUGAAAUUGUUAAUUGACGAGAUGCUAAAUCAAAAUAUUUUCCUUUUUUAUUUUUAUUUUUUUUUUUCAUUUUUAAUUGUUAAGCAUAAUACGGUUGUAAUUAUAGUUAUGUACGAGGACAUGAUGUUCCGCGUGUUGAUGGAGGAUGAGAUUUUACAAAUUUGAAAUUGCAGCCACGAGCGCAAGUUUUUUGCCUACCAAGGAUUGCUUUAUCAGUUAGCUUACGACGAAACAGUCCCGCAGAGUUAGAGAACGGCAUGUGCUAAAUUUUAUAGCCUCUUGAUAGCGAUUAACAUUCAGAAUAACCAAAGUUAUUAAUAUCCUGUCAUUUUCAUUCGUCUCCGUUGAUUGGUACGGCAAAAAACUUAAAUUUCAAACGGAUAAAUAUCUAAUGUAGUAACUCUAUCAAAGAUAUCGAGUACCAAAGGCAAUUUUCGUUUACUAAUAGCAUCGCAAAAGGCGGACGAGCGGGAAGAAUUUCAUUGACACAGUUUUGGACAUCACAAUAUCUAGAUAAUCAUUUGCAUUUUGUAAAUACUGGUUCUAGUGCCAUACCAGUACCUUCUGCGAAGGAAAUUAGUUUAUUGUAUAUCUAUAUACCAUUUCAGAAUGUGAUGGUGUGUUUUAUUUGGCUUUUUGCCAGAAAUUUCUUACUGAAAUAUACUGUGUGUAUGAUUAUUCAUUUUAUAUACUUCUGUGAUUUAAAGGCCAUCUAUUCUAAUUAGUCGUUAUUUUGCCGAGAGUAAUCCAUAUGUUUUCGACGUUAAACGAUUCUUUCAAAGAGAUAAAUUCCAUUUUCUAUCGUGAUCCUCUCGUUGCAGCUGAAUUAAUGUAUGUGUUGAUUACUGUUGUAAUCAUGUGAAAUUUUCUGUAUUUUGAAAGAAAGAACUUAUAAUGAAUAUAAAUUUCUUUACAAAA